UAGGUUUUUGCCAAAAUCAUCCUCAACCCACUCUUAGCACUUUAAACAAGCCCAACUAGUCACUUAUUUCUAUUUCUAUCUAUUAAUACCAAAAAUUGAUAUAUAUUGUGAGUUGGGCCUAAGUUCUAUUGUUGGCUAAAACAACUGCGUCACCAGACCAAACCUAGACCGGACUUAAAGAACUAGGGCUUAUACCUAACAACACCAAACAUCUCCAAUUACUAUAUUACCCCCAAAAUUUGACCAUGUUCCUGCUUCCAUGAGAAAUACGCCAAAGCAGCCCCUGCGAACAAGCCAAGCAUCUACCAGAUUAGAUUUGUGUUGUUAUUCAUCUAUUUAACACAGAAGCCGAUACAAAGAAACAUAAACAAGCGAAAAGACUGAAACAAAGGAACGAGAUGAGGUUGCUAACUCACAACAUUCUGUCCUCGAACAUCAAGGGGGUAACCAACGGCUUUCCUCUUGGGAUCGAAGUGGAGAAAGUGGUCGAAAAGCAAGUCGAAAUCAACCACGAUUUCCUCCGGAACAUAUUUCCGAAGAUCGAUUGGAAAGCGUUUUCCGAUGCUUCGAAAAUCAUGGGUUACGUCGAGCUUCCUGAGGAGUCACCUGAGCCGUCGGUGUUAGAUUCGGACCUGGAUUUUUUGAGAAAGUUCCACCAUGCUCUCUUGGAGCUUCAUCUCGAGGAAGGUGCUCUUGUUUGCCCCCAAACGGGCAGGAAGUUUCCUGUUAAUAAGGGAAUUCCGAAUAUGCUUCUCCAUGAGGAUGAGGUUUAAGGAAUGGCAGCCAAUGCGGCUGCCUACUGGGCAUCUAGGUGAUCUAAUAAGGGUUUUUACGUUUUUUUUUCAGCAUCUAGGUGAUCUACUAGGGGUUCUUACUUUUUUUUUUAGUCUUUGUUUGGGGAUUUGAUGGUGUUGUUUUCUUUAUUAUAUGAGAAGAUUAUGAAGGAUAAUUUUCCUUGUUAUUUUGGAUGUGAACAGUAGAACCUGAUGCCUUGGAUUAAAUUGAAAUGAAUAGGCUAUUGAAAUCUUUAUCUCAUGGAAAAACC